AUGGUGCUGGAUCAGGACAUCCCUUUGCUCGUUUUUUCUACUGAAGAAGAUAAAUGGCGCGGCCCAUUCACAAAUAAUGGAGAUCAAUGUUGGCAUAUCCAUGGCAGUGUAGAUAUAUGGGAAGUAAAUCCUGUACCAUUUUUUUCAACAACCAUUUAA